UCGGCAUCGAAAGAGGUCCGGCUCGGGGCUGCGGCGCUGUCAGACUUGUUAAGAUGAAACGCUAUAGAAGGGCCUUCAGAAGAGGAAAGAUAAACAGCAUUGAAGUUUGAAAAAAUACCUUGUGCUUUUAGAUGUUCUGGAAAAACAUCAGUAAUGGAUCAAAGGAAGAAUGACAGCAUUGUCCCCAGUAUCACUCAAUUAGAAGAUUUUCUUACAGAACACAAUUCCAAUGUUGUUUGGCUUCUUGUUGCUACCAUUUUGUCUUGUGGAUGGAUUAUUUAUCUCACAUACUAUAAUUCUCGGAAUGUUGGUCUCAUUUUAACACUGGUCCUGAACAGAUUAUAUAAGCAUGGCUAUAUCCAUAUUGGUUCCUUCUCUUUCUCUGUUCUUUCUGGCAAAGUCAUGGUUCGUGAAAUAUAUUACAUCACAGAAGACAUGUCUAUUAGGAUUCAAGAUGGAUUUAUUAUUUUUCGGUGGUGGAAAAUGUAUAACCCAAAGCAGAAACAACAUGAUCCAAAGGCAGAAACCAGGUUAUAUAUCACAGUUAAUGACUUUGAAUUUCAUGUCUACAAUCGUUCGGAUCUUUAUGGUCGCCUUCAAGAGUUGUUUGGUUUGGAACCAACUAUAAUUCCAGCCAAGAAAGAUGAUGAUAAAACACGGGAAAAUGGAAGAACAAGAACUCAAUCCAAAAUUGAAAGAGUUAAAGUAAAAACAGAAUCUCAAGACCCCACAUCUUCAUGGCGAUCACUUAUCCCAGUAAUUAAGGUCAAUGUGAGCACAGGACGUUUGGCCUUUGGGAAUCAUUACCAACCUCAGACUCUGUGCAUCAACUUUGAUGAUGCUUUCUUAACUUAUACUACAAAACCACCUUCAAGUCAUCUUGACCAAUUCAUGCACAUUGUGAAAGGAAAGCUUGAAAAUGUUCGCGUCAUGCUUGUUCCUAGUCCAAGAUAUGUUGGUCUACAAAAUGAUGAACCACCAAGACUAAUGGGAGAAGGUUUUGUGGUGAUGCAGUCAAAUGAUGUUGACAUCUACUAUUACAUGGAUGAGCCAGGACUUGUUCCAGAAGAAACAGAAGAGAGUAUAGAAGGAGAAAUAAGCAGUGAAGAUUGCAAAUUACAAGACUUACCUCCAUGCUGGGGACUAGAUAUCGUUUGUGGUAAAGGAACAGAUUUUAAUUAUGGACCCUGGGCUGACAGGCAGAGAGAUUGUUUAUGGAAGUUUUUCUUUCCACCUGAUUAUCAAGUUCUGAAAGUUUCUGAGAUUGCACAGCCUGGAAGACCAAGACAGAUCCUUGCAUUUGAACUACGGAUGAAUAUUAUUGCAGAUGCUACCAUUGACUUGCUGUUUACUAAAAACAGGGAAACAAAUGCUGUACAUGUAAAUGUAGGGGCUGGCUCAUAUUUAGAAAUUAAUAUUCCAAUGACAGUUGAAGAAAAUGGUUACACCCCUGCAAUUAAAGGACAACUAUUACAUGUUGAUGCUACUACCAGCAUGCAAUAUCGGACCCUUUUAGAAGCAGAAAUGUUAGCAUUUCACAUCAAUGCCAGCUACCCCAGAAUUUGGAACAUGCCACAGACAUGGCAAUGUGAAUUAGAGGUUUAUAAAGCCACCUACCACUUCAUCUUUGCACAGAAGAACUUCUUUACAGAUUUGAUUCAAGACUGGUCUAGUGAUAAUGCUCCAGAUAUUUUUUCAUUUGUUCCAUACACAUGGAAUUUUAAAAUCAUGUUUCAUCAAUUCGAAAUGAUUUGGGCUGCUAAUCAACAUAACUGGAUUGACUGUUCCACUAAACAACAGGAAAAUGUAUAUCUGGCAGCCUGUGGGGAAACAUUGAACAUUGACUUUUCUUUGCCUUUUACGGACUUUGUUCCAGCUACAUGCAAUACCAGAUUUUCCUUAAGAGGAGAAGAUGUUGAUCUUCAUUUAUUUCUACCAGAUUGCCACCCUAGUAAAUAUUCAUUAUUUAUGCUGGUAAAGAACUGUCACCCAAAUAAAAUGGCUCCUGAAACUGGUAUUCCUGCUGAGUGUCAGAGUGGCCAGAAAACAGUUAAACCAAAAUGGCGCAACAUUACUCAGGAAAAGGCUGGUUGGGUUGAAUGCUGGACUGUCCCAAGUGUCAUGCUUACCAUCAAUUAUACGUGGCAUCCAAUUUAUCCUCAAAAAGCAGAUGAACAGCUAAAACAGUCAUUGUCAGAAAUGGAAGAAACAAUGCUAUCUGUAUUAAGGCCGGCCCAGAAAACAUCAGAGAGAGUUGUUUCUUCUCCAUCUACUUCACCACGCCCUCCUGUUGAUCCCUCAGAACUUCCACCUGAUAAACUUCAUGUAGAAAUGGAGCUGUCCCCAGAUUCUCAGAUAACUCUCUAUGGACCUCUGCUGAACGCCUUUUUGUGUAUAAAGGAGAACUAUUUUGGAGAAGAUGACAUGUACAUGGAUUUUGAAGAGGUUAUUUCAAGCCCUGUUUUGUCACUGUCAACAUCCUCCAGUUCUGGGUGGACUGCUGUUGGAAUGGACAAUGACAAAAAAGAAAAUGAAAGUUCAGCCAAGUCGAUUCAUCCACUUGCCUUACGUCCCUGGGAUAUUACAGUACUUGUUAAUUUGUAUAAAGUUCAUGGGCGUCUUCCCGUGCAUGGAAGUACUGAUGGUCCUGAGUGCCCAACAGCAUUCUUGGAACGACUGUGUUUUGAAAUGAAAAAAGGAUUCAGGGAGACUAUGCUGCAACUUGUCCUAUCACCCCUGAAUGUAUUUAUCAGUGAUAACUAUCAGCAGCGACCACCUGUGGAUGAAGUACUCAGGGAAGGGCACAUCAAUUUGUCAGGUCUCCAGCUGAGAGCACAUGCUAUGUUCUCAGCAGAAGGUCUUCCCUUAGGAAGUGACUCUUUAGAAUAUGCAUGGCUGAUUGAUGUGCAGACUGGAAACCUUACUGCUAAAGUCACAGCACCACAGCUGGCAUGUCUCUUAGAAUGGGGGCAAACAUUUGUUUUUCAUGUGGUAUGUCGUGAAUAUGAACUGGAAAGACCAAAGUCAGUAAUAAUAUGCCAGCAUGGAAUUGAUCGUCGGUUCUGUGAAUCCAAGUUGAGUUGUAUUCCUGGGCCUUGUCCAACAUCAGAUGACUUAAAAUAUACCAUGACUCGUUUAGCAGUAGAUGGAGCUGAUAUUUAUAUUGUGGAACAUGGUUGUGCUACAAAUAUAAAGAUGGGUGCAGUUCGGGUUGCAAACUGUAACCUCCACAAUCAGUCAGUUGGGGAAGGAAUAAGUGCUGCAAUUCAGGACUUUCAAGUGAGACAGUAUAUUGAACAAUUAAAUAACUGCAGAAUUGGACUUCAGCCAGCAGUGCUACGGAGAGCCUACUGGCUGGAAGCUGGGUCAGCCAACUUAGGUCUUAUAACAGUUGAUAUUGCAUUAGCUGCUGAUCAUCAUUCUAAACACGAGGCACAAAGACAUUUCUUGGAAACUCACGAUGCCAGAACUAAAAGGUUGUGGUUUUUGUGGCCAGAAGAUACCUUGAAAAACAAGAGGUGUAGAAACAAGUGUGGCUGUCUUGGUGGUUGCAGAUUUUUUGGUGGCACAGUAACUGGCUUAGAUUUCUUCAAACUUGAAGAGCUGACACCUUCCAGUAGCUCUGCAUUUUCAAGCACAAGUGCAGAAUCUGAUAUGUAUUAUGGCCAGUCUUUGCUACAGCCUGGAGAGUGGAUCAUUACUAAAGAAAUCCCUAAAACUGUAGAUGGUAAUAUGAAUGGUAUGAAGAGGAAAGAAUGGGAAAACAAAUCAGUGGGAAUAGAAGUAGAGAGAAAAACUCAGCACCUUAGUCUUCAGGUGCCCUUGCGGUCUCACAGUUCAUCCUCUUCCUCAGAAGAGAAUAGCAGCUCCAGUGCUGCACAGCCAUUGCUGGCUGGUGAGAAGGAAAGCCCCUCUUCUGUUGCUGAUGACCACUUGGUUCAGAAAGAUUUCUUACAUGGUACCAAAAGAGAUGAUGGUCAAGCAAGUGUUCCUACAGAAAUUUCAGGAACCAGCCCUGUGUCUCCUAACACCCAAGACAAGUCAGUAGGACAGUCUCCGCUCAGAUCUCCUUUGAAGCGACAAGCCUCUGUUUGUUCCACCCGACUUGGUAGUACUAAGAGUCUCACUGCUGCUUUUUAUGGAGACAAACAGCCUGUUACUGUUGGAGUCCAGUUUAGUAGUGAUGUCUCUCGAAGUGAUGAGAAUGUACUAGACUCACCAAAACAGAGGAGAAGUUUUGGUUCAUUCCCAUACACACCAUCAGCUGACUCUAAUUCAUUCCAUCAGUAUCGGUCAAUGGAUUCUAGUAUGUCAAUGGCUGAUAGUGAAGCCUACUUUUCUGCAGCUGAAGAAUUUGAGCCGAUUAGCAGUGAUGAAGGCCCUGGAACUUAUCCUGGUAGAAAAAAGAAGAAAAAGCAGAUGCAACAGAUUGACUACAGCAGGGGUUCCAUAUAUCACAGUGUAGAAGGACCCCUUACUGUACAUGGAGAAAGCAUUACAGAUCCCCGAACUCUUCCGUUCAAAACUCAUCCUUCCCAAGCUUCCUUUGUUUCUGCAUUAGGUGGUGAAGAUGAAGUCAUAGAACAUUUAUACAUUGUGGAAGGUGAGAAAACAAGAGAGACUGAGCAGAUCACUUCUCAGCAACCUGUGAUGAGUUGCUAUCAGACUUACCUUACUCAGUUUCAGGUAAUUAACUGGUCAGUUAAACAUCCUACCAACAAAAGAACCUCCAAAUCCUCAUUGCAUCGCCCUCUUGACUUAGAUACUCCAACCAGUGAAGAAAGCUCAUCAUCAUUUGAACAACUUUCUGUACCAACAUUUAAGGUCAUCAAACAGGGACUCACUGCUAAUUCUUUGCUAGACAGAGGGAUGCAACUUUCAGGAUCAAGUUCAAACACACCAUACACUCCACUAGACAAGAAAAUAGUUGAUAAUACAGAUGAUGAAACAUUAACAGAGGAGUGGACCCUGGACCAGCCUGUUGCUCAGACCAAGACAACAGCCAUUGUUGAAGUAAAAGGAACUGUUGAUGUUGUUCUAACUCCACUGGUGGCUGAAGCCUUAGACAGAUAUAUUGAAGCUAUGGUUCACUGUGCUAGUACCCGGCACCCAGCUGCAAUUGUAGAUGAUCUUCACACUAAAGUCCUUAGAGAAGCUGUCCAAAAUAGCAAGACUACCUUCUCAGAAAAUUUGUCCCCCAAGCAGGAUGUUCGAGGAACAAAAACUGAGCAUUCUGUGAUAGGAACAACUAACCAGGGACAAAUUCAGACAAAUGUCACAACAAAGCAAGAUAAUGUGACAAUUAAAGGUCUUCAAGCUAAUGUGAGCAUACCAAAGGUGAACUUAUGUUUGUUACAAGCCUCAGUGGAAGAAUCUCCAGCUGCAGUUCCUAGUAGAAGUGUGACUCAUGUUUCCCUGGUGGCUUUGUGUUUUGACAGAAUUGCUACACAAGUUCGUAUGAACAGAGGUGUGGUUGAAGAGACUUCAAAUAAUGUAGACCCUAGUAAAACAUCAAAUUUUGAUAGAUAUGUUCAUGCCAGCAAGAUGCAGCCUCAGUCAUCUGGAUCACUUAGGUCAAAUGCUGGAGCAGAGAAAGGCAAAGAAAUUGCUGCCAAGUUAAAUAUCCAUCGAGUCCAUGGGCAACUUAGAGGUCUUGAUACUACAGACAUCGGGACCUGUGCCAUCACUGCCAUUCCCUUUGAGAAGUCCAAAGUUUUAUUUACUCUUGAAGAAUUGGAUGAAUUUACUUUUGUAGAUGAGACAGAUCAGCAAGCUAUCCCAGAUGUAACAAGGAUAGGUCCCAGUCAAGAGAAAUGGGGCUGGAUAAUGUUUGAAUGUGGACUUGAAAAUUUAACUAUAAAAGGAGGAAGACAGUCUGGUGCUGUUUUAUAUAACAGUUUUGGAAUUAUGGGUAAGACUAGUGUCACAGAAAGGGGUGGAGUGCUGACAUCCAAUAAUUCUUCUGAUUCUCCUACGGGUAGUGGCUACAAUACUGAUGUGUCUGAUGAUAACCUUCCAUGUGACCGAACCAGUCCUUCAUCUGACAUAAACGGAAACUCAGUCUCAGAUGAACAGGAUGAAGGAGUUGAAUCUGAUGAUUUGAAAAAAGAUCUACCUCUAAUGCCACCACCUCCAGAUUCAUGUAGCAUGAAGUUGACCAUUAAAGAAAUUUGGUUUAGUUUUGCAGCUCCUACCAAUGUGAGAUCUCCUACGCAUGCAUUUUCUAGGCAGCUGAAUCUUUUAAGCACUGCAACUCCAGCUGUUGGUGCAUGGCUGGUUCCCAUUGAUCAACUCAAGUCAUCUUUAAACAAAUUAGAGACUGAGGGAACCUUGAGAAUUUGUGCUGUUAUGGGAUGCAUAAUGACAGAAGCUUUAGAGAAUAAAAGUGUACAUUUUCCUCUCAGAAGUAAAUACAAUAGACUUACAAAAGUUGCUCGCUUUCUCCAAGAAAAUCCUUCGUGUUUACUAUGUAAUAUUCUACAUCACUACCUCCACCAAGCAAAUUACUCCAUCAUUGAUGAUGCCACAAUGAGUGAUGGGCUUCCUGCCUUGGUAACUUUAAAGAAAGGAUUAGUUGCUUUGGCAAGGCAGUGGAUGAAGUUCAUUGUGGUGACACCUGCCUUUAAAGGAGUUAGCUUACACCGACCAGCUCAGCCACUGAAACCUCCAGCUGCUAUGGACCAGGAGCAUGAAGAUGGACUUGGCCUGGAUAAUGGAGGUGGUCUUCAAAGUGAUACCAGUGCUGAUGGUGCAGAAUUUGAGUUUGAUGCAGCCACAGUCAGUGAACACACAAUGCUUCUAGAAGGAACAGCUAACCGGCCACCACCUGGAAGCUCUGGACCUGUCACUGGAGCUGAAAUAAUGAGGAAGCUUUCUAAAACUCACACCCAUAGUGACUCUGCAUUAAAAAUAAAGGGCAUUCAUCCAUAUCAUUCUCUGAGUUAUACCAGUGGAGACACUGCUACAGAUUCUCCAGUACAUGUUGGACGUGCUGGGAUGCCAGUAAAGGAGAGUCCAAGAAAGGAGAGCCUUCUUAGCUAUCUGACUGGAAGCUUCCCAAGCCUGCACAACCUUCUGGAAGGCACUCCUCAGAGAAGUAGUGCAGCUGUGAAAAGUAGCUCCUUAACAAGAACAGGAAAUACAGUAGCCACUGACAUGUUGUCUGAACAUCCUUUGUUAUCUGAGCCAUCAUCUGUGAGUUUUUAUAAUUGGAUGUCAAAUGCUGUGGGUAAUCGUGGAAGUGUGGUACAGGAAUCUCCUGUUACAAAGUCAGGACAUAACAGUCUUCCAACAGGAGUUGCACCCAAUCUUCCUACGAUACCAUCAGCCUCAGAUUUCAACACUGUCUUGUCUAGUGAUCAGAAUACUUUGGAUGGGACACAUUCUCAGCAUAGUACGAGUCAAGAUGACGUGGCAGGUGUAGAAGAAGCAAACCAAGGCUUUCCUGCUGUUCAGCUUGCUGAUGCACAGGUUGUUUUUAAACCUCUACUGAGUCAUACUGGAAUCCAGUCACAGGACACAAUGCCCCUCUGUUACCGGAUGUACUUUGGAGAACACCUUUCAUUUUCAGGAACUUUGGACUGCCUCAGAGCAGACAUUGUAGAUUCAGACACAGCUAAAGACAGGAAAGGCAAAAGAGCAAGAAGGCAAGGCCAUGUGAAUCUUCCCCCACUUGAGUUCAAGCCAGCAUUAAUGUUGGAAACCUUCAGCAUAAGUGCUGUUGUGAUGGAAAAGUCAGUGUGUACUCCUCAGAAUUCCACCAAUGCCCUUUCCUUUCAUGAUCUCAAUAAGCGCUAUUACAACACCUUCCACUGCAACUUUACUAUUUCCUGUCAGUCAAUAAGUCAACAUGUGGAUAUGGCUUUGGUUCGUCUUAUCCAUCAGUUUAGUACAAUGAUAGAUGACAUCAAAGCAACUCAGACAGACAUUAAACUUAGUAGAUACACAGCUGGAUCAGCUUCCCCUACACCUACCUUCAAAACCAGAAAACACCGGGAUUUCCGUUCAUCUGACUUCAGCCGCAGUUCUAGAGGAAGUCUUAAUGGUGGCAACAGAGUAAAUAAUGCCAAGAACAAACGGGCCAAUAAUGAGAACAACAAAAAAGAAUCCAGAAACAAAAACUCACUGGGAAGGUCUGAAAGAAGAACUUCUAAAGUAUCUAGGAAAGGUUCAAAAGAUGUGGUAGAUCACAUGACCAUUCAUAUGGAUGACUCUGAUUCAAUCACAGUGUCAGAGCAAAGUGAGCCAUCGGCUGAGUGCUGGCAGAAUAUGUAUAAAUUGCUUAACUUUUAUUCACUUAUUUCGGAUCCAACAGGAAUAUUGGAAAAGUCUUCAGAAACAUUUGGACCGGCAGGUGUUCGGAGUCCUACAGAGCCAACAUGUAGAGUUGUAUUCGAGAAUGAACAAGACAACAACAGUUUGACUAAAACACAGAGGAAACGUAGUCUGGUAACCUCUGAACCUCAGCAUGUUACUUUAAUAGUGUUUGGGAUUGGGAUGGUGAAUCGCACACACCUAGAGGCAGAUAUUGGUGGGCUGACAAUGGAAUCAGAGCUGAAGAGGAUCCAUGGCAGUUUCACUCUUAAGGAAAAAAUGAAAGAUGUUUUACAUCAAAAGAUGACUGAGACGUGUGCUACUGCUCACAUUGGUGGGGUUAAUAUUGUGCUACUUGAAGGGAUCACACCAAAUAUUCAAUUGGAGGAUUUUCCUACAUCUCCUACAAGUACAGCCAAACAAGAGUUUCUGACUGUGGUGAAAUGUAGUAUUGCUAAGUCCCAAGCCCUGUACAGUGCCCAGAGAGGGCUAAAGACAAACAAUGCUGCAGUAUUCAAAGUAGGAGCUAUCAGCAUCAACAUCCCGCAACAUCCUGCUACCUUACACAGCAUGAUGGUUCGAAGUUCUCAUCAACUAUCCAAACAAAUCUCAGACCUUAUUAGACAGCCUUCCACAGCCCCACAGCCUAUGAAAGAAGAUAUUGCAACCCCACUGCCUUCUGAAAAAACUCCAACAAGUGUUAAUCAAACUCCUAUUGAAACAAAUGAAUUUCCUCAACUGCCAGAAGGCUUAGAGAAGAAGCCUAUUGUUCUUAAAUUUAGUGCCAUGUUAGAUGGCAUAGCUAUUGGAGCAGCACUCUUACCAUCACUGAAAGCAGAGUACAAGAUGGGGAGAAUGAGAAGCCAUGGAAUGACAGGUGCACAGACAAGGUUUACAUUUGAGUUACCAAACCACAGAUUGCGUUUUACUUCAAAAGUUUCUGCAACAGAUAUGUCAACUAUCCCUCCUUCUGCAAGUCUGAACCUUCCACCUGUUACCAUGUCAGGGAAAUAUAUCAUGGAAGAACAUGAUAGUUACUCAGAUCAAGUAUGGAGUAUAGAUGAGCUACCUUCUAAACAGGGCUACUAUUUACAAGGCAAUUAUCUACGUUGUGUGGCAGAGGUUGGUUCCUUUGAACACAAUCUCACAACAGAUCUUUUAAACCACUUGGUGUUUGUACAGAAAGUGUUCAUGAAGGAAGUGAAUGAAGUAAUACAGAAGGUGUCUGGUGGGGAGCAGCCUAUUCCUCUCUGGAAUGAACAUGAUGGAACAGCAGAUGGAGAUAAGCCAAAAAUUCUUCUCUAUUCCCUGAAUUUACAGUUUAAGGGUAUUCAGGUAACAGCAACCACCCCUUCAAUGAGAGCUGUGAGAUUUGAAACUGGACUGAUUGAAUUGGAACUUUCAAACCGACUUCAAACCAAAGCUUCACCAGGAAGUAGCAGCUAUCUGAAACUAUUUGGUAAAUGCCAAGUAGACUUAAAUCUGGCAUUAGGGCAAAUUGUCAAACAUCAGGUUUAUGAGGAAGCUGGCUCUGAUUUUCAUCAAGUUGCCUAUUUUAAAACUAGAAUUGGAUUAAGGAAUGCCCUUCGUGAAGAAAUCAGUGGUUCUUCAGAUAGGGAAGCUGUGCUUAUUACUUUGAAUAGACCAAUUGUUUAUGCACAACCUGUGGCCUUUGAUAGAGCUGUGCUGUUUUGGUUGAAUUAUAAGGCUGCCUAUGACAACUGGAAUGAACAACGAAUGGCUUUACAUAAGGAUAUUCAUAUGGCUACAAAGGAAGUUGUAGACAUGCUCCCUGGUAUCCAGCAAACAUCAGCCCAGGCCUUUGGGACUCUUUUCCUCCAGCUGACUGUGAAUGAUCUGGGGAUUUGCCUCCCUAUAACAAAUACUGCACAGUCCAAUCACACUGGAGACCUUGAUACUGGCUCUGCUCUCGUUCUAACCAUUGAAAGUACUCUCAUCACUGCAUGUUCCUCGGAGUCUCUGGUUAGCAAAGGCCAUUUCAAGAACUUUUGUAUACGUUUUGCGGACGGCUUUGAGACAUCGUGGGAUGACUGGAAACCAGAAAUCCGUGGCGAUCUAGUAAUGAAUGCUUGUGUCGUUCCAGAUGGCACCUAUGAAGUUUGUUCAAGGACUACAGGACAAGCUGCAGCUGAAAGUAGUAGUGCUGGAACAUGGACUCUCAAUGUAUUGUGGAAAAUGUGUGGGAUUGAUGUCCACAUGGACCCUAACAUUGGCAAAAGGCUUAAUGCUCUGGGCAACACCCUUACAACACUGACAGGAGAGGAAGAUAUAGAUGACAUUGCUGACCUCAAUUCAGUGAACAUAGCUGACCUGUCAGAUGAAGAUGAAGUCGAUACUAUGUCUCCCACAAUCCAUACUGAAGCUAUAGAUUAUCGAAGACAAGGAGCAUCUUCUAGCCAGCCAGGAGAACCCAGAGGAAGAAAGAUUAUGAAACGUUUAGUGGACAUCAGAGAACUGAAUGAACAGGCCAAAGUAAUAGAUGAUCUUAAAAAAUUGGGUGCAAGUGAAGGAACCAUAAACCAGGAAAUUCAGCGUUACCAACAGCUGGAGUCUGUGGCUGUGAAUGAUAUCCGAAGAGAUGUUCGUAAAAAGUUACGGAGAUCCAGUAUGCGAGCUGCUUCCCUCAAGGAUAAGUGGGGUUUAGGUUACAAACCAAGUUACAACCGAUCAAAGAGCAUUUCAGCUUCUGGAAGACCGCCUCUUAAGAGAAUGGAAAGAGCAAGUUCUCGAAUAGGAGAAACUGAUGAACUCCCAGAAAUCCGUGUGGAUGCAGCAUCUCCUGGACCCAGAGUAACUUUUAACAUCCAGGAUACAUUGAAAAAUACAGUGUGGGGAAGUUCACCACAGUCCAGCUCUCCAGGGGAAGGGUACUUUCAGUUUCCAGAGGAGACAGAACUGGAUCUUUUAUCAGUAACUAUUGAAGGUCCAUCGCAUUACUCAUCAAACAGUGAAGGAUCCUGUUCAGUGUUCAGCUCUCCCAAAACCACAGGAGGCUUUUUACCAAGUGUUCCUUUCCAAUCCGAAGAUAGCCGAAGGGAUGACAGUCUGUCUUCUACCAGUGAAGACUCUGAGAAGGAUGAAAAAGAUGAAGACCGUGAGAGGGAAAGAUUCUAUAUUUACAGGAAAGCCUCACAUACCUCUAGGAAGAAAGCAACAGGCUUUGCUGCUGUUCAUCAGCUGCUUACUGAACGAUGGCCUACAACACCAGUCAACCGAAGUAUUAGUGGUCCACCUACUGAGAGAAAUAUUGACUUUGAACUUGAUAUACGGGUUGAAAUUGAUAGUGGGAAAUGUGUCCUCCACCCAACCACCCUUUUGCAGGAGCAUGAUGAUAUAAGUUUAAGAAG